AUGGCAGUUUUGGCACGCCUGAUCAAUACCCCGCUGCUCUUAUGGAUUCUCGCUUCCGUCUACCCCCUUGUCUUGCCGUCAACCUCGCCAACACGAUGUGAGGGAGAGUUUGUCUACAGGUUAUGGCUUACACAACUAUUCAGCUUAUCUCCCAUCCCGUUCAAUCUGUCUCCAGUACCGCACAGCAAAAACACCCAUACAUGGUCAAUUCACUCUCACAAGCCGGGACUCCUUCUCCACCUAACGGCUGGCCCGCUCUGUCCACGGAACUAAAGCUCCAAAUCCUCACCUACUACACGUCCAUCCCCUCACCAAUAGGCUACGCAGCCCACGCCGCCCUAUUCGCCCCGCAAGGCCUCAUCGGGGCCCUCAUCCAGACGCAAAAUCACAAAACCGUUAUCCUCGCCCUCGAAACCUACUACAAAACAAAUACCUUCCUCAUAUCUGCCUUCCCCGCCCCCAGGAUGAUCUACCCCUCACCCACGCACGCCCCCUCAAUCCGCUCCCUGCACUUCCUCGUCCGCCACUGCUACCUCGGCCUCACGCUGGAAGAUCUAAUCCUCGGUCUCCGCUCCAGCCUGCGCAUGCUGCUCACGCCCGCUCGGCCGCUCGAUCGCGCCGCGCUGACGCUAUGCGGGGGUCCCAGCCAAUGCGGGGGCCGCGACUAUGGCGGGAGCACGGCAUGGCAGGCGCUGUUUUGCAACCUAAGGGCGCUGAGGGUAGAGAUCCAUGUUCAUGUUAGUCUCGCCACACGUGGCGAGGGGAGGUGUGGGAUCUGUUUUCUGGAUAGGGAAGAUGUCGAGGGGCUGGCGGCGUUGCUGGAGCAGACCAGUAUGGGGAUUAAGGCCGCGGAGGUCGAGGCUGUUGUUAAGACGAUUAUGUUUUUUGGUGUUGGGCCGUUGAGGUGUGAGUGCUUGAGGGUUGUGGAGCGGGUUGUUGAGGGGUUGGCGAGGAGGGCGUAGGUUGGGAGAUGGGAAGGGAAGGAUGAGCGUGAUGUGGCGUGCUAAGUCGUAUGAUCUUCUUCUUUCCAGGGUUUUCCGCUUCUCUUAUUUGUUUCUUUGUUGACUUUCAACUAUCGAUCUUGCUCCCGAGCACUUUCUUUCACGUCACUUACAGAGUACGCCACUUCCACAUCCCCAGCGCAAGAGUAGACAUACCGAAGGAUACAAGGGCUGAUGAGGAUUUGGUCGGAGGCAAGGGAGUGAGAUAGCC